AUGGCUCCGAUACCUCUUACGCCAGAACAAGCAGCCCUUAUAGAAACAGCAAAUGAAGCUAUUCGUCGUGUACCUCGCUCAACACCACUUCGGCAAAUUACAGAUCACACGGUAUCGGCCGCAUGCUUGACUUCUCACAACCGCACUUUCACGGGCAUCAACACAUUUCACUUCUCUGGUUCACUUUGCGCUGAAAAUGUUGCUUUCUCGAACGCUGCGGCAGACGGAUGCUCGUCGCUAAACACCCCUGGUCUUACUAAAACCGAGCGAGGUGAGCCAGAAGGGGGCUUAGGCGAAAAAGAAUGGAUGAUGUGCGUGGUAGCAGUAGCGAAUGACGAGCGUGGUGUAAUCAGUCCCUGUGGAAGAUGCAGACAAUUCAUGUUUGACUAUUAUCCCGAGAUCAGAGUCAUUGUUAAGACUGGUGAGGGAGAUGAGCUUGGCACUGUUGGGAUUGAUGAACUGUUGCCAUAUCCUUAUGUUAGUGGAAUGAGGAAGAAAAUGGCGUCGGUCAUUGGAUGA